CGUACUGGCGCUGAACGCGGCGCGUGUAUAUGUGGCUGAAUUUAGCCAUACGGGGUCAGCGAAAGGUACCGGGACCGGCUCGGGAUCCCGAACGUCGUCGUCAUGAGCAGAAGCUACAAUGACGAGCUCCAGUACCUGGAUAAGCUGGACAAGAACUGCUGGCGCAUCAAGAAGGGCUUCGUGCCCAACAUGAACGUAGAGGGUGUAUUCUACGUGAAUGAUCCUUUAGAGAAGUUAAUGUUUGAAGAGUUAAGGAAUUCAUGCCGAGGUGGAGGUGCUGGUGGCUUCCUGCCAGCCAUGAAGCAAAUUGGCAAUGUAGCUGCGCUGCCUGGCAUUAUUCAUAGAUCGAUAGGGCUUCCUGAUGUCCAUUCCGGCUAUGGAUUUGCCAUUGGUAACAUGGCUGCCUUUGACAUGAAUGAUCCAGAAGCAGUGGUAUCCCCAGGUGGUGUAGGCUUUGACAUCAACUGUGGGGUACGGUUGCUGCGUACCAACCUCGAUGAGUGUGAUGUCCAACCAGUGAAGGAGCAGCUUGCACAGGCCAUGUUUGACCACAUUCCUGUUGGUGUGGGAUCCAAGGGAGUCAUUCCCAUGAAUGCCAAGGAUUUGGAGGAAGCUCUGGAGAUGGGGGUGGACUGGUCCCUACGAGAAGGCUAUGCCUGGGCCGAGGAUAAAGAGCACUGUGAAGAAUAUGGGAGGAUGCUGCAAGCUGAUCCAAAUAAAGUCUCCGCAAGGGCUAAAAAGAGGGGGUUGCCUCAGCUGGGGACUUUGGGAGCCGGAAACCAUUACGCUGAGAUCCAGGUGGUGGAUGACAUUUAUAAUGAGUAUGCUGCCAAGAAGAUGGGCAUAGACCACAAGGGGCAAGUGUGUGUGAUGAUCCACAGCGGCAGCAGAGGCCUGGGCCACCAAGUAGCUACAGAUGCCCUGGUGGCUAUGGAGAAAGCUAUGAAACGGGACAAGAUCGUCGUGAACGACCGCCAGCUGGCAUGUGCCAGGAUUGCGUCCCAGGAGGGACAAGAUUACUUGAAGGGAAUGGCAGCAGCUGGAAACUAUGCUUGGGUCAAUCGUUCCUCCAUGACUUUCCUCACUAGGCAGGCAUUUGCCAAAGUCUUCAAUACCACCCCUGAUGAUCUGGAUUUGCACGUGAUCUAUGAUGUGUCUCACAACAUCGCCAAAGUGGAGCAGCACGUAGUGGAUGGAAAAGAGCGGACCCUGUUGGUGCACAGGAAAGGAUCAACCAGAGCUUUCCCCCCUCACCACCCCCUCAUAGCUGUGGACUACCAAUUGACUGGCCAGCCAGUAUUGAUUGGUGGAACAAUGGGAACCUGCAGCUAUGUCCUUACUGGCACAGAUCAAGGGAUGACUGAAACCUUUGGCACUACCUGCCACGGAGCGGGCCGUGCGUUGUCCCGUGCCAAAUCUCGGCGCAAUUUGGAUUUCCAGGAUGUAUUGGACAAGUUGGCAGACAUGGGAAUUGCGAUCCGUGUUGCUUCCCCUAAACUGGUCAUGGAAGAAGCACCUGAAUCGUAUAAGAAUGUGACGGAUGUGGUGAAUACCUGCCAUGCCGCUGGCAUCAGCAAGAAAGCCAUUAAACUGAGGCCCAUUGCAGUCAUCAAAGGCUAGGGAAGCCUCCCACAGAAACUGGCCAGCACUGUCCUUGCCCAAGACCUCUUCCCACCCAAAGUGCUUGGUGGUUAUGUUUCCAUCUAGAUGGAGAAUCCAGACUGACAAGACUCUUUGUUAGGACUCUUGGAAGUAAGGUGUGCCUAGAAAAUUCUGUAUUUGUUUUGCGGAAGGGAUGAUCUAAGACAUGGUAACCCUUUUGAUUUUAUGGAGUGAUGUCUGAAACCGGUUGAGUACCCUUUAGCAGAAACCUACAAACACCUUUGCGGGAUGCCAUUUGCCUUUAAUUGAAUGAUCUGCGCUCUCCCUAAUGGGAUUCUGACUAAUGUUAAUUUGAUAGCCACUACUCUGCAAGAAGGCUUAGUGUGUUGUAGAGAAAUCUGGUUGUUUCUAACCUGACUAUUGCUGUUCCCCCUCUCCUCUGUAAUACACCAUGUAGUGAAUUCAACUGUAGGCAUGUAUUAAACUUGGCUAUGGGCAGAUGCUCUACACAGUCUAAAGAGCAUAUUUUUACACUGUAAUGAUGCCUGAUUAAUGCCACUUAUCAAUGUGACUUCGCAUUAGCCACUACUACUCUGCUAUAAAGGUCCAUGACCAUAUAGUUGCCCCCGUAAAUGCAAUCUUCUGCACUAACAUGGGAUGAUGUUGAGUGUGUGAGGGUAUGUUUGCACAAGCCGUCUCUUCCCUUUUAUGGAUAUACCAGGAGCAGCAGGUCCUGUGUGGACCUCACAUCAAGUCAAUACUUACUUGGAGUGAAGCCUUGAUAUCCUUCACGAUUAGGGCAACCAACUACUAUUGGAGACCUGGCUACUGUACCUUUAAGUAACUGCUUUGACACAAUCGGCUCAUGUCCUAGUCAGGUGGAGAUAAAAAACAUCAUCUGAGCAACUAUUAAAGGUGCAAGAGACCCUGCUGUCCACUACAUCUGAUCGUCUGCAGGGCCUGGAUAGUCAGUAUAAGUAAGCAACACUGCCUCUUCAAGUUUGCCUCUUGAAAUAGCAAGUUGAACAACUUACCCGCCAGUCUUGCUGUUUUCAGGCAUACCAACUCGUGUGUAAAUUUGUGCUUUAGGUUCAUGUUCUAGCUUACACUUUGGCACAGCAAAAAUGGGAAGAGGAGUUGUCUGGGCUUCAUAGCUGCAGAUGUGCUUUGCACAUAUGUACUGCAACUUACUGGGGAGCAGCACCAGGACAAAAGGGAUUCUAUGUUAGGUGCACAUUAGAGUUAGGAGGCAGGUCCAUCUGCAGUUUACCUCUGUUGGGGGACAGGUAUGGGGGGGGGGGCUUCAGCAGGACUAGUGUAAGUCUUGCUCUGAUAAUGCUCUUUUCUGUUUACAUUUAAUGUACACCAGUUGUAAGAAUUGGGGAGUUGAAAAGAAGAUGCCAUCCUCUUAUGGUGGAUGCUUUAUGGGCUGUCGUCCACAGCAACCAUGAUCUGACAUUGGCAAAGUCAUGUAUUUGUAUUUUACUGGAACUCUGGAAGUGGGUUUCUAAAUAAAAUGGAGAAUGCCAGAAAGUCCUUGCAAAA